AGAAUAAUGGCUAAUGACCUACCAGGGUUCCCGGCAUCUAAAUGACUGCUUUUCAUUGUUGUUAACCAAAGGCGCCGACCUCAUGAAGCUCUUUAGAAGCAUCUGCUUUGCAGCUCCCGUAAGAGAUUCAGAAAAGCAGUGCUCAGAAACCAUGGACAGUGUGUGUAAGUUCUCCUCCACAGAAAGGAUAGCGCUGUUGGAGAAGGAGCUGGCGGCGAAGCUGAAUGAACUGAAGACUGAGGUAGAAGAACAACAGGGACUCCUUCCGGACACAGGCAGCCGGGGCUUCAGCUCCAUUCAAAUACCAAAGGAUGUUGCUCACUUUAGACGCGAACGAGAAGCGGCUUUGAAGAUAACUCUCCAGGUGGCCGAGUCCAAGCCCCUUGUUAUUCAGGCAGAUGUCCUGAAGAGGGAGCUAGAGAGCUGCCUAAGAAGAGAGUACACACCGGAAAACCUUCCCCUGCUUCUGUUGCAGUAUUACACAGAGAGGAUUACGCAGCUGGGCCAGAGUAAAUAUUUGCACCUGCUGAGGUGGAAGAGGCUCUGCCAGACCAGUAAGGCCAUGGAAGAACUCUACCCUCUUUAUAAGAAACAAGUUGACUACAUCAUGCAGGAGUUCAACGACUCAGUUCAGAGAGCCGAAAGACUGUCGGUUGCUAGAGAAAACUUCCUUAUGGGAAAAGACAACCGUGCGGACCUGGUGACUCAGGAGGACCUGGCGAUUUACAGCAGGUGGUUAGCGUGCCACCUGCACGCUCUCCGGACCAUUCACCACUACCUGCAGGCCCUCCAGUAUCUGCCGGUCUCCAAAGUGCUGAGCCUAGCUGAUAGGCAAGGCUCUGGAUCUAGUGAGGAAAAUGACAAAGUCUGUGUCACCGACCUUCAUGCUGCAUCCCCUGGUCCUCUGGGUCCCAGUGUUUCAGGGUCAGGGAGAACAGAUGCUGCGUUUGUCUUGCCUCAGCACGUGACAGACAGGGAUGACCUCAAACCUCAGCUGAGGCGCCUCCUCUCACAUUUCCACAUCCCAGAAGAUGUGCAAAAGCUGAGCGACUCAGCCAAAGAGAUGGAACUCUUUUCCUCGGUUUCUCAACGCUUCCAAAGCAUCUUCAUGGAGCAGCAAAGGAUGUGGACAUUCCCAGACUACGAGGCUGGGAGAGGUAGAGUGCAGCCUCCGCCCCUGUCGGGACCCACGACCACCCUGAGAAAGAAAGCCAACUGGAUUCCCUUUGUGAAGGUCAAGCCAAAAUGUGAUCCUUGGCAGAAGAAGAUGUUGACCAGACUCAAAGAACGGAAAAGAAUAGACGAGCUAAUGCACCUCCAGUCAAAGUUUUUGAAGAUUUCUGACCCCGUGCGAGUCAUGCAAGUUCUCCAGGAUCAUGCUGCAAAGACAGUGCGUGUGGCUCCGCACCACCCAUCUCUCCCACCUGCUCCGCCUCCGCAUCCACGCAACUAUGACCAAGUCUGGCAGAAUAUAUAUAGCAACCCCAAGCUCUACCAGGCAGAGAACCCAAGUGACGAUGACUUUGCAAAACCACAUCUCAUCCAGAGUUCUGACGGGCCUCUCAAGCAGAGAACAGAGACGGGAUACAAUUAUGCCGAGGCCCUGCAACUGCUGGGCUUGAGCGAUGGGACUGAGCCCGACAGGAAUCCUGUCCUGAUGAAAGGAGCCUACUUAUCCUUCCUGUGUCUGCGCCACCUGCACAUCCGGGAGCUACAGCGCAUCUGCUUGGGAGUUCUUAACUUCUUCAGAUCAGUUGAGCGAACUUUGACAAUGAACACUUCAGGUCUUACCUUGGUUUCAGGGACCUUGGUCCCCACUCUGGGAGAUAGUUCUUGGAUAAAUAUGUCAAAAGGAGGCUUGGGCACCUUGCAAGGCCUAGGAGCGCACCACUAUGUCCAUGGGACGCCUGCUGAGCACAAGGUCCACAGCAUCCAAUUCCUGGAGUUCUCAGAAGCUGAGAACCAGGAUGACUUCCACACCACACGAGCUGGCUGCAUCCACACUCAGGACCAGCUUGGCGAGUACGUCAUGUAUGACAGCGCCCUGCAGGAUUUGAAGGAGCUGGAGUCAGAGCUGCUGCUCAUUGCUAGCCAUUACAUUGAGAAAGAAAAAAGUCACAGAGGAGAAUGCAGAUCAGGGGGCAGCCAGCUCCUCGCCUGGGCCCAUGCAAACGUGGACAGAUUCGCUGUGCUGUAUGACCUGUGGACCUGCGAAGCCAGUCUUCUGGAAGGCAAACGCCAGCUUCUUGAUAGUUACUUUGAAGCCUACCAGCACACCUUGGACCCAGAAGAACGGUUUGCUUUAGCACAAGCAAUGACUGACAUAAUGCAUCGACGCCCCAAGUUUGAUCUCAGCCACUCGUAUUUCACUAAGGCCUACCGAGACGACUGCACCUGCCUGAGGCUUCACCUGCAGCUCGUGAGGGGCAUCCUCAGCCACCACCUGGAGCAGCAGCGGGAUUAUGUCCAGAGGCUCUGGCAAGGGGAUCGUCCAGAGGCUCCCAAGACAUUCGGACUUCCCCUGAACGUAAUUUGCAAGCAAUUUGUUUCCAUCAGCAACAGCUGCCCAUCUUCAGAGAAUGUCCACCCGUUGGAGUUCCACCCUUCCCUUGGCCUGGCUGGGCUCAUCCCCAAAGCUCUGGAGCACCUGUUUCGAGAGGCUCGCCACGCCCACAAGGCUGCAUCGCCCAGCUCGCUCACCCAGAUAGAGAUAUGCAGCUUGCAGCUUGCCCUGGACCUGUGGCUCAGCCCAGUCAAGCCCGAGGCCUGGUACAGCGCACAACUCCAGAGAGAGCUCUUUUCGACUCAGGUGAUGGGUGACCCCUUUCUCGUGGAGGAGGUGGGCCUGCUUGCGCUCAGGUCUGCAGUGGACAAAGGACUGAAACAAGGCCACGAUUUCCACACGCUGCUCCUGGACACAUUUUCCAAGCUUCUGGAACUCCUGACCCUCCGUCACCGGCUGAUAGAAACGAGCGUGGAGAGUGCGUGCUUGGCUGGGCUAUAUAAGGAAUUGGCGCUGGAGAUGGGUUUUGAAGAAUCCCACCUGCAUCUCAGGCCAGUUAACUUUGAGUUUGCAACACACAAGGACAAGGUGGACCCACCCCCUCCUGUCUUUAUAACUUCUCUGCUGGAGGACAGCAGUCGGGUAGACAGAUACUGCCCCACGUCCCUGGUCCUAGCCAUCUCUGAACUGGAUGACAACCAAAUUGGCAAAUUCAGUUUUCACACAAAAGAAGCCCUCCUCGAGCUCUUCGUCCAUUCAGGAGUGGAAAAUAUGCAAGUGGCCCUUGCCUGCCAAACUGUUCAGAGAAAUGCUUUGAUGGUGGCCGUUCAACAGGCGUUCUUUUAUCACGUCCCAGGAGCGGGCAGCCCUGUUGAUCUCAAGGAAACAAGUUCAGACCCGAGACGUCCUGGUGGAAUGAGUCCAAGCAGAAGGGAUUCCAGAACUACGAAUGGCAAAGAGCAUUUGCUGUUAGCCCCAACUUGGAAAGCCUCAGACACCUUUACUCAUUCGUCAGGAUUUAAGACUUCUAAAAGGGCUCCAGAGGCCUUUGUGUCCAUUCAACUAGAAAAGGCGGGUCUGCGGGACCUGACGCUGAACACAUUCCUGCACAGGAAGCAGACAAUGAUGGAUCAGAUAAAGAGCCCUGAUGGUGUUGAAGAAGUGAAGAAGGAACUAAUCAUUGAAUAUUGCCAAAAGUUGAACCGCCGCAUGUCUCAUUAUUCCCUUCGGGGUCAGAUCAUGGCCUACUGCAAUAGCCUGAGAGUUCUGCUAGAUGACUUUCCUACCAUCCGCGAUACCUUCUUCAUGGUGGGACAGGCAAAUGAAAAGAAGGGAUUGAAGGACUCCAGUGGGGAAUUCAAGGCAGACUCCAGCAGGAGUUUUCAGCCUCGGCCUCGAAGUUUGCUGUCUGCUGAUGGAAGAGUCUUCCUCAACUUAUGGUUUAUUCCCCAUCCGUCUGAGGUGCUGUUUCUGUUCAAAUCUCUGCCAGAAGAGGAGGCUUUUAGAGCCCUGACACUGACUCUGCAGCUCGUAGCUUCUCUCCAUGACAUUGUGUCCUACACUUUCAGUUUUGCCAAACUUGGCAAUUGCCCAGCAUGCUUUGACCUUCCUCUAAGUCCAAACCCUCUGAGGAGGGACUGGGGAGGAGCCGAGCGCAUUGGGACUGAACUUCAAGAGCUGCAGAAAAUGAUUGACAGUCUCCAGAACCCCCAGGACCCGAGCCAGGUGGCCCAGGCCCUCCUCCUCCGCAGGGAGGUGACGUUGCUGCAGUUCGAUGCAGCCCUGAGACAUCUCCUCCGAACAUUUUUGGCAGCGGGAAAUACCCUCGCCUACCAGUCUGUCGCAGAUGGUGCGUGCUAUGGUUUGCCACCCCUCGGCAACUCUCUUAGGAAGAGCAUCUUUUCCUCACAGCUCAGCCUGCCCCAGCCGCUGGACCCGCGGAGCCCCCAGGCGUUUGCGUUGUUCCCGUGGAGGGCAUUCCUGGAAGAUGGUGGACCAUUUCCAGUUAAAAGCAGCAUUCCGGACACCCUAGAGUAUGAUAUGCAGAUGUGUCUUUGUGGACUAAGUGACCGUGACCGCAGAGUGGCCCAUGGAGAGCUGGUGGGUGUGCAGAUGCUAAUGGAAGAUGUACUUCUGGGCAGCUGUCACGUGACCAGGAAGGCCUCUACCGAAUGGCAAGCUGCACUGGACGAGGCACAGCCAGACUGUUCCAAACUGCCAGGACUCUGCCCAAAUCAAUUGGAACAUCACCCAAAGGCCUCUGCUUUGCCGGAGGACCCAUGUGAUGUAAUGAUGUCCCUGGCUCUGCUGAAAUCCUUCCUCGUCUUGUGGAAGCGGCUGGAAGUGCUGAAGGAACACUGGGGCCGACUCAAGCUUCGAGGGCAGGACAUCAACUCUGCCCCGCUGCACAGACAGUUCUCAGAGCUCUACGAAGCUGAGAUUCUCUACCCCAGCAUGAAAGCUCUAGCCAGGCAGAUGGGCAAAGAAGAUGAAUUUGAAGAACUUACACUAAGAAGCCAAUCUAUCCUUCCCCCAAAGGGAGCCUCAGAAAUUGAAAUAAAAACUCAGCAGCUUCAGAAACUUCUGGAGAGUUUAGAAAUUCACAUGAUCCAAGAAGUAUUGAGAAAAGUUAAUAGAGAGAUGACACUGUUUCUAUCAGAAAAGUCCAAGGAGGAAUCUGCCCUCCCAACAGAUCUUUGGAAACACCAAGUCAUGAAAGAAAACUUUUCAGUUCUGAGACCCCAGAUAGUUGAGAGAUUUAUACGGAGACUGAUGGAGAAUUCCCAAGACGAUGGUCCUGAGAUCACUUUCCGGAGGGAGCACCUUGAAGCCUGCAUCCUCUCCCUGGGCUGUGAUGUGAUGGCUCGAGAACGCAGCAACUUUGAGACCUACUCCAUGUGUUAUGAGCAUGUCCUGCAGCAUGCCAGGCAGAAACUUAGCCAGAAGGAGCAGGAGGUAGACGCGCUACGGGGAAGUCAAGUUCCCUCUGAAGACGGUGCCAGCCAGAUUGCAGAGCUCAGUCAUGACAUGAUCAUGGAAAUCACUGCUUUGAGGGCCCAGCUCACAGACCUGGAAGAGGAGAAUCUGAAUCUGAAAAUCCAGAUUAGAAAAGAGGUCCAGGAAGAGUACAGAGAAUUGGUGCAGGCUUUGUUUCUGACCUGCCUACACAUAAAGGAGAAGCUGGAUGAGAAUCAGUUUAAUUUGAUCCAGAAAGUGUGUGAGCUCAUCGGUGAAGUGAGAGCAGAAGGGAUUGCCAACGUGAAGCAGCUAAAGAAAACCUGGGGCUCUGCCAGACCCGAUGAAGAAACAAACGAGAACACAGCCAAAGAGCAGCUGUGUGCCUUGGAGCAGGACAACAGCAGCACCCUGGCUGCUCUACUGUGCAAAGCGCGGAGCCUGGGCCGCUGGCGGCUGGCUGUGCAGCAGGCCCGCCUCAGAGGGCAGCUGAGCAGGGCAGAGAUGGAAUCUAUUCACAGUAAAAAGGAGUGCUUGAGAAUCAAGCUAAUGGCAGAGCAAGAAGUGGCUUCACUCCAUCAACAGCUCCUGGCUGCAAGGCAAGCCCUGGCCAAAGCUCAGACCGACAACAGGAAGCUGUGCUGGCAGAAUGAUACCCAGGCUCAACUGCUGAGGGAGUUGGAACACAGAGUGACUCAAGACUCUGUCACUUGGCAGCAGCUAGAUAUCAUAAAAACAUCUGGCAUGGAGAAGCUCCUAAAAGAUGUGGAGCAAAAAGAACAAAAACUGCAGCUCCUGACCGAAGAGGCCGAGCGGGCUUCAAAACGAGGCCAGCUGCAGCAAAAGAAGAUGGACAGAGACCUGAAGCAGAUGAGAAACCGGCUUGCUCAGGAGCGCAGUGUGAAGCUGGAUGCCUUCCAACGAGUGCAGGAGCUGCAGAGUCAGCUUUAUGACACCAAGUGGCCCUCUGUCCAGAUGGGCUCCCCAAUUGGGCUCAGAUCUCAGACCCACUGUUCCCUAAACUCUGCUUCAACAUUAUCCAGAUACUCUCACCAUCGUUUUUCAAAGACUCAUUUUAUGGGCAGUAAAAUGACAAGAAGGAUUCAAAGACCAAAGACUGUACCAGUCAAACACAACAGAAGGACUGAGGGUGGUUCUCCACCCAGUGUGAAGGAAAAUGUUCAACUUACAACUUUUCAAGCCCCAACAGCUCCAUCUGGGAUUUCAUUCAGACCUGAAAGCUUUUCUUCCUAGUGUGUGGCAGCUGGUCCUGAAGGACUGAGAUGAACGCAUCCUGAGCGUCCCUACCACAUGAAGCCAGCUUUGGUCUCAGAUCUGAAAGCACUCAGGCAUUGGUUUGCACUCUACAAGCUGUUUCUGGCUCUUGGCUGUCCAGCAGUCUCUUUGUUGGAGUUUUAAGGCCAUGAUAGUGGGCCUUGGUACUGACCUGUCCUCACUAAGAAAUGAAGACCCAGCACUGGAAAUCUGUCUCAUCCAUUAAGAAGGCUAGCUCCUCCUAGGAUCACCGUUCAGUUCCAGCUCCUACCUGUAACUCUAGUUCCAGGGGAUCUGAUAGUCUCCUCUGGCCUCUGUGGGUACUAGGCAUACAGAAGUGAAGCAAUCAUACAUA